GUAGGCGGCCGAGCGGCGGCCAUUUUGUCUUGUCGGCUCCUCUUCAGGAGAGAGGCUUUCGGGCUUGAGAGUGGGGCCGAGGGGGAUCUUUGGCGAUCGAGUCGCCGGUGUUUUGGUCGCUGGGGUGCCAGGGCUGGUGGGGACAGCCGCCCAAAGGAAGCACCAUGAUUUCGGCCGCGCAGUUGUUGGAUGAGUUAAUGGGCCGGGACCGAAACCUCGCCCCGGAUGAGAAGCGCAGCAACGUGCGGUGGGACCACGAGAGCGUUUGUAAAUAUUAUCUCUGUGGUUUUUGUCCUGCGGAAUUGUUCACAAAUACUCGUUCUGACCUUGGUCCAUGUGAAAAAAUUCAUGAUGAAAAUCUAAGAAAACAGUAUGAGAAGAGUUCUCGUUUUAUGAAAGUUGGUUAUGAGAGAGAUUUUUUGCGAUACUUACAGAGCUUACUUGCAGAGGUAGAACGUAGAAUUAGACGGGGCCAUGCUCGUCUGGCAUUGUCUCAGAACCAGCAGUCUUCUGGGGCUGCUGGUCCAACAGGCAAAAAUGAAGAAAAAAUUCAGGUUCUGACAGACAAAAUUGAUGUGCUCCUACAACAGAUUGAAGAAUUAGGGUCUGAGGGAAAGGUAGAAGAAGCCCAGGGAAUGAUGAAAUUAGUUGAACAGUUAAAAGAAGAAAGAGAAUUGCUUAGAUCCACAACCUCGACAAUUGAAAGUUUUGCUGCCCAAGAAAAACAAAUGGAAGUUUGUGAAGUGUGUGGAGCCUUUUUGAUAGUAGGAGAUGCCCAGUCCCGGGUAGAUGACCAUUUGAUGGGAAAACAACACAUGGGCUAUGCCAAAAUUAAGGCCACUGUAGAAGAAUUAAAAGAAAAAUUAAGAAAAAGAACUGAAGAACCUGAUAGGGAUGAGCGUCUCAAAAAAGAAAAACAAGAAAGAGAAGAAAGAGAAAAAGAGCGGGAGAGAGAGAGGGAAGAACGGGAAAGGAAAAGACGAAGAGAAGAGGAAGAAAGAGAGAAGGAAAGAGCUCGUGACAGAGAACGGCGAAAGAGAAGUCGUUCACGAAGUAGACACUCAAGUCGAACCUCUGACCGAAGAUGCAGCAGGUCUCGGGACCACAAAAGAUCACGAAGUAGGGAGAGAAGGCGAAGCAGAAGUAGAGAUCGAAGAAGAAGUCGAAGCCAUGACAGAUCAGAAAGAAAACAUAGAUCUCGCAGUCGGGACCGAAGAAGAUCAAAAAGCCGGGAUCGAAAGUCAUAUAAACACAGGAGCAAAAGUCGGGACAGAGAGCAAGAUAGAAAAUCCAAGGAAAAAGAAAAGAGGGGAUCUGAUGAUAAAAAAAGUAGUGUGAAGUCCAGUAGUCGAGAAAAACAGAGUGAAGACACAAACACGGACUCGAAGGAAAGUGACUCUAAGAACGAGGUCAAUGGGACCAGUGAAGACAUAAAAUCUGAAGUGCAGCGUAAGUAUGCACAGAUGAAGAUGGAGCUAAGCCGAGUAAGAAGACAAACAAAAGCAUCUUCUGAAGGAAAAGACAGUGUAGUCCUGCAAAACAUUUUGAGCGUUGGUGUUGUGAGCGGCCCAUGAAAAGCCAAAUUAAAAAUCAAGGAUUCAGUCAAACUAAGCAGGAUUACUGUUCGAAGAUUGUUUGAAGAAUACUGAAAACGGCAUAAAGUGAAGAUCAACAUUAAAAUGAGGUGAAAGAAAGCUAUAGUGGCAUAGAAAAAGUAUAAAGCUCAAUUAGUUACUUGGUUUUUUUUUUUUUUUUAAUUAAAAGUUAAUUCAGGACUGAUGUGACCAACCAGAUUUCAAAACAUGUGUUCAUAGCACAGAUGCCACUUUGAAAAUUUAGGUUCUGUAUCAUAAUUUUUCUUUAAGACUUUUUUAAGAAAUAUGACCUAAACAUGUGGCUUGCUCAGUGUUUAAUUGCAAGUUUUCAUUCUUGGACUUUGAAAACAGGAUUAAACGUUAGUAUUCAUGUGAAACAGACUAAGUGGGAUUCCAUUUUUACAACUCUGCUAUACUUAGCCUUUGGAUUUAGAAGUAAAAAUAAAGUAUCUCUGACUUCCUGUUACAAAGUUUAUUGUCUGUGUCAUUGAAAAGCUUUAGUAUUAAUCUUUUUCUAAUAAAGGUCUUGACUCUGAA